AUGUCUGAUACCGUUCAAUCCUCUCAAUGCAAUGUCUGCAGUAUACAACUCACAAGAAACGGCUCUCAGCUGACGAAUCAACAGCCUACGAUCGCCGAGACGCCGACCGGCUUCCUCAGCCUCCCCAGCGAGCUUCGAAACGAGAUAUACGAGCUGAUACUCUUGUGCCAAGAGCCGAUCGAUCCUUGCGAUGAAUACAAUCGACGCCAACAGCAGCUUACACUUGGCCUGCUCCGCACGAACAAGGCCGUCCAUGACGAAGCCAGCUCGCUAUUCUACAGCCGGAACCGCUUCGACUUCACCAAUGCCACCCCCGAGGAAGUAUCCUUAUUCAUCGAGAAAAUUGGGAGCAGCAACGCAGGCUGUAUUCGACAUAUCCUUAUCGAAUUUCCGCAGUUUCUCCAUCUAGGCUCUGACGAUGUCACCCUCGUGGAGGACAGCGCCAGCAUCCUCGCGAUCAUUCAGAGCGGCUGCGCCAACUUGAGCACCCUUACGACAUCCAUAGACAGCACAAGCGCUAUGGAGUCUAGGCUAGACGGCCUGGAUAACUAUAAGGUCGCCACGGAGGUGUUGAACCUGGUUGAUGCUCGCUUCAAAGCCAUUUCAUCCCUGCAACAUAUCAUUCUCGAGGUAUACGAGGACGGCCCGAGCGACCAUAUUAGAAGGGCAAUGGAGAGCUACGGAUGGACAAUGAACACAAGAGAAUAUGUGGAGGAAGACGAAGGCUACUCGAUCGGGGGUUUCAGUGACUUUGAGGAUGGUUAUCGCUACUAUGGCGAUGAUUCUGAUGAUUACGACAUUGACAAUGACAGUGACUUCUGGAGGAGGGCUGCGGACUGA